UUAAAAGAAUAUUGUUUCUAUAAAUUAAAAAAUAAAAUUCAUUUGCUACGAGCAUUAUUGGUGGCAUCCGCAUCUCCUGAGAUCGAAAUUAUUCAAAAGAGUUUUCUUUUUCUCUGUAUUUCUUCAUCUGGGUCUGAUCCUAUAACACUAGACAGAGAGUUAGAUUCAAGUGAGCAUUGUUAACUUUUAGAUUCAACUAGUUGGAGAGCUGAGUCUCUCUGUGUGCUAUUUUAUUUUUCUUAGAGGUUUCGAAGCCAUGGAGGCUUAUAAGAAAUGGGUCAGAAGGAAUAAAGAUUAUGUUCACUCAUUGGAGUCUCUUGCUAAUGGAUUGACAUGGCUUCUUCCUGAACGGUUUUCCGCCUCAGAGAUAGGACCAGAAGCAGGUUUUGUGAAACUUUGUAACUGCAAUCUUGGGCAUUGUCACUGCUAUAAAUGAGCAUAUCAUCGAUACAACUCCAACCCAGAUGUUUGCUGAUCCCGUGAAGCCUAAUUCCUUCCCAUAUUCGUUGUGCAUAUCUGCUAUAAAAGAUUUGGAAACAUUGGUUGAAGUUGCAGCUCAACAUUAUUAUGGUGAUGAUAAGAAAUGGAAUUUCAUUGCUGUUACAGAAGCUACGAAGGUGCUAGUUAGGCUGGCUUUGUUCCGGAAUAGUGGAUAUAAGAUGCUUCUGCAUGGAGGAGAGACACCAAAUAUUGAAAAGCAUUUGGGUUUCUCAAGCUCGCAGCAUAAUGGUGGGGGUUUCCAAAAGCACGGAGCCCACCAUGGCUCUAAUGGACAGAACCCAUGGAAUCUAGAAGGAAGGGCAUUGUCUGCACUGAGCAGGUUUGGAGAAAAUGCCAGGAUGGGUUCUGAUCCAGUGUGGUUGCGCGGGGUUCAACAUAAGCAAGCUAUCAUGGAGCCUCCACCUCAAAUGAUUGAGAGGCCAUCGCUUUCCAUGAUUUUAUCUGAGAAAGGUGUUCAGGGGGCAUUAUUUCUCAUGGGAGAGGUCCUGUUCAUUACAAGACCCCUUAUUUAUGUGUUGCUCAUCCGAAAGUAUGGAAUUCGGUCGUGGAUUCCUUGGUUUCUUUCUCUGGCUGUAGACACUAUAGGAGCAGGCUUUUUAACACAGGUUACUAAAUCAAGGGAUUAUCAUCUUACCGCUUCUGAACAGGAUGAGUUGAAAAGAAGAAAAUUGUUAUGGGCGCUUUACCUUAUGAGAGAUCCAUUCUUUAGCAAGUACACCAGGCAAAGACUUCAAAGCACUGAAAAACUACUAGAACCCGUUCCCAUCAUUGGGCUUCUAACAGCGAAAAUUGUUGAGCUUGUUGUCGGUGCUCAGACUCGAUACACCUACAUGUCUGGAUCAUAAUGGACAGCGCAAGAAGUUGGAUUUCCAAAUUUUCUAUGAUUUUUAGGUGAAGUUAUUUCCCAAGUAAUAGGAAUUUGUCCUACUUUGUUCUCUCAAUAGUUUUCAUUCUGGAUGCAGUUACAAGUGUCAGAUGACUGCCUCAAACUUGCAUUGCUUUCAUCUGUAUCGUAAAAAAAUCAACAAAAUUUUGUAAAAAUAAAAUCAGCAGUGAAUUUUUAAGAUAUGUAAUUUUGUUAUAUCCUCAAACGAAUGCUUUGCUUACCUUGUGAAGUUUGAAAUACACUAUGGAUUUCGGGGAAAAAAGAAAUAGAUUUAUUUUCCAUAUUA